CCUUAGUUAGAGAGAGAGGGCGGCAGAGGAAGAGAGAGAGAGAGAGAGAGAGAGAGAAAUGGGCAAGAUAGUAGAGAAGACGAAGAAGAAGAAGAAGAAGAAGAAGAAAGGCCGACCUUCUCUGUUAGAUCUUCAAAAACGCACUCUCAAAGAGCAACUGCAUAAGCAAAAUCAAAAUCGGAACCUUUCUAAUUCAAAUUCCAAUAAUUCACCCUUUCGUUCUUCUAACAAUUACAACUCUGCCACUCCUACUCUUCGUCGAUCCACCCGUCGCAAUCAUACCUCCUCCUCCCCGGAACAGCACCAGGACGCCGACGCCGUUGAUUUGAAUGGGAAACGCCAAGAGAAGAAGCUUCAAUCUCCUUCAUCCCAAAAAUCGGAGCCUGCUUCGGCUUCACUGAACUCUAGUGAGUCAAAAUCGAAAGGCGAGGAGGAUAAGGUAAAGGCUUUGUAUCACAGAAAGCGGAAGAUCAAUUUGAUCGGUGAUGGAUCUGGGUGUGGCGUCAGCGAAAAGAGAGGAAAGCCUGUUGCUGGUGCAAACCCCACAAAUGAUGUACAAGAGUCGGGAUCCUCAACGCCUUUACCUGAUAAAAAGCUGUUACUGUUCAUCCUCGAUAGGCUUCAAAAGAAGGACACAUAUGGUGUUUUCUCUGAACCAGUUGAUCCAGAUGAGCUUCCAGAUUAUCACGAAGUCAUUGGGCAUCCCAUGGAUUUUGGGACUGUCAGGAAGAAAGUUUCUAGUGGGGUUUACACCAACUUGGAACAAUUUGAGAAAGAUAUUUUCUUAAUAUGUUCAAAUGCAAUGCAGUAUAAUGCCCCAGAUACCAUAUAUUUUAGACAGGCACGAUCCAUAAAAGAGCUGGCCAAAAAGAAUUUUGAAAAUAUAAGGCAAGAUAGUGAUGAUAACGAACCAGACCCUAAAAUAGUGAGGAGAGGUAGACCACCAACCAAGAAUUUGAAAAAACCAGUGGGCAGGCCUUCACUGGAGCAUGCUGGUUCAGAAGUUGCCUUGGAUGGAACUCUUGCGACACGGGGAGAGGGCUCGACCUGGUCCAGUAAUGACCUGAGGAAAGGACCUCAUGUUUUAGACAAGUCUAGCUUUGUGGACUCAUCAGGACGUUCUCGUGAUUCUCGUAAUGAUGCUUAUUGGUUGACUAACAACACAUUUGAAAAGAAUGAUGAAGCAGGCUCAAUGUUUAAGGGUAAUUCAUUGAAGUAUGGGAAAAGACAACUUGUACUUGAUGAGAACAGGCGCAAGACAUACAAUCAAUUAUCAGCUGCUGGCCGGGAACCAUCUGUGUUGACUGCUUUUGAUGCAGAGUGGAAGCAUCUAAUUGCUGUAGGGCUUCUGUCAGAGCAUGGUUACUCAAGGAGCUUAGCUCGAUUUGCCGCAAAUAUAGGCAGCAUUGCUUGGAAAAUUGCUUCGAAAAAAAUGGAGAGUUCUUUGCCAUCUGGAGUUGAGUUUGGCCCUGGAUGGGUUGGGGAAAAUGACAUCCCACUGCAGAGGGCAUUGCUUCUUUCUUCUAACCCUCAAGGCCUGCCAUCGCCAUCCCGGCUUCUCUCUCUUCCCAAUGGUUUCUGUGCUCUUGCCACAUCUUGCAAUGUUGAAUCAAGAGAAAAAGGGUCAGAAAAAACUGAAAAUAAUGUGAACAAGAACGAGGUAUCUCAGUUUCACUUAGCUUCAGAGGUGCGAUUGACCAAUGAGCCUUCUCCAUCUGCCUAAUCAUCUACGCCUCUUGCAGCAGCUAGUAAAUCUCAACCUUGCACAGAAGAAGCAGCAGCUGAGGGAUUCAACAUCCUCAACAGCAGUACAGGUAUGACCAGGCCAAGGCCUCCCUUUCAGAUUCAUCCGACCCAUGAAGUUCAUCCUGGCAUGAAUGGAUUCAAUGGCACAUACAGGAUUAGUCUUCCAGCUCAGAUGGGUAAACUAGUUGGGGGCCCCAGGCCUACUGGGAUUAACUUUCAGCCAUCUCAGGUCAUUGACAGAGUCUCCAGGACUAAUACUAACUUUGUCCAUCCAACAAUACUGAAGACAAAUCCAAAGGUUCCAGAGAGUUCUUCUGCUAUAAGUUCCAGAGGUACACUACACAAUUCUGGGAAUGAGAAAAAGGAAGCCCCAAGAUCUGAACUUGAACCUCCGCAUUCUUGGCAAGGAUCACCACCUCAGCCAAAACCAGAUUCAGUUGCAUCUGACCUGAAUGUCAAAUUUCAUUCUCCAGGUUCUGCUAGUACUAGCCGUGUUGAUUCAGCACAACCAGAUUUAGCAUUGCAGCUCUAAGAACAAUGAGUUAUUAUUUAUUUUUUGCCUUGUCUCUUUGAUUUAAUUUAACCAUAGAAUGGUGGGUUCGGCAUUUGUGCCCUGGAUAUGAGACGAAGAGAAUAGUCUCCCGGAGAAGGAGCCACCCGAGCCAUGCCUAACCGUGUUGUACAACCGUAGAUGUUCCUGUACAGAUUUAUGUAUCCUAACUUUUAGGUUCACAAAAAGGCAAGAAGGUUUCAUUUGUAACAAUGGAAACCAAUAAGGCAGUCUCUAGGCUAUAAUCCUUACUUUGGACUGUGGAAACAAACAUUUAUAAAAGGUCAUAAGACCAUUCACGUA